AUGCUCAAGGGCUUUGCUUUCAAAAUCUUACCGCCAAAGGACAUUACUGGCGUCCUGAACAUGAUUGGAGUGCAUCCGGCAGUCGUGACAGAAAACAUAGACAGGCCCUCAGCUGAUAACGCCAUGGCCUUCUUCAAUGCCCUUGCGGAGUUUGGUUACGACAUGGACUCACAACAAGUCAAAGCACAGAUGCCGGCUGUGACGCCUCAUCCAGAAAUCUAUGACGAGGCCAUGGAUUUCCUCACGAUCUUCAAGCUGUCAAGGCAGCUGGCGAUGAUCAACCUUGUUGACGACUUCAACUUCAAGGACUUCUGGGAGCCGAUCCCAAAGCGAUUUCGAGCUUUGCUGAGUGGGAUGAUCAACUUUUGCCGGUACAAGGAGGCGAAGGUGGUCGUCAUAACCGGUAUGAAAGAGGACGUACAAGCCCUGGACUCCACAAGGCUUGAAAUGGUGGACAAGCUGAACCAGAUUGAUGUCGAGCUUGAUGCGGCCAAAGAUCGUCACAACUCAGAGCUCCAAGACAUGUGGAACGCUGAGAACGAGGCAGCGGAGGCGAAAGCUGUCAAUGACAAGCUUGCCCGACAGCGCAACUCUGCUGAUCGCGUUGUGGAAGAUGCGGAGAAGAAGCGCGCGGCUGUCAAGGAACGGGUCCGGCAGGGAGAGCAGCGGAUCGAACAGCUACGCGAGCAGGUCAAUGCCCUGCAAAGUCAGAUUGCCGAAAGCCCUGAGGGCCUGGAGAAGGAAAUUGAAGAGUUGAAGAGCGGAGUCUGUCAGCUGAAGGCAGUGCUGGAGGAGAAAGCAAAUCAGCGCAGGGCACACACUCAAAGAGAUCAAGUCUUUUGCAGGCUUCUCAGGCAUCUGGAAUCCUACAAGGAUGAGCUCAGUCGUGUGGGAAGUGUUGCAGCCAGCGCUGAUUCUGCCAAGCAGCGCGCAACAGCGGCACGAGAAGAGCUUGUGCGGCUGCGGCAGUCUUUGGAGGCCGCCAAGCAAGAUGGAAGCGAGCUUGAGCAGUCCUUGAAGUGCGUUGCGGGAGACAACGAGAGAGCAAAGCAGGUGCACGCUGAGCGCAUGGAGCAGCUGGAGGUUCGCAGGCAAGCUGCACUUCAGCAGCACCAGGAGCUGCAAGCAAAGCGAACAGAGGAGCAGCGGCAGCUUCACCAGCUGCAGUCGCAGCGUCUUGAGUUGGAAGCAGAGGUGGCUGCUGUGCGUCGUGCACAUGCGGCUGAGAUGGGGGAGCUCCGAGUGAUGUGGAAGGCCGUUCUGGACAAAGCGGAAUCCUACAACCUCUCCCUGGAAGCUCUGUUUCACGAGCACAGCGACUUGGUGCACAGAUGUUGCAACUACACCCUGUCACUCUACCCGCUUUGCCCAAGCAUCGUUUGCGAUGAUGAAAAGGGAAAUGCUGACUGGAUUGACUCAUGCCUAGAGCUCCAGGAUCUCCUGCAAGUAGCAAGCAAGGAUUCUACCUUGCAAGAUGCAAGUGCUUCAGCUACCACCGGCCUCUGCCCAGCGGAGCAGGUAAUCGAGAAGGGCUCGGCUGUGCACUGCGUUUCUGCUUACGAAGGGGUUCUCAUUCUGGGCAGCGAUGGGGUAUUCGAUAAUCUCUUCCUCGACGAGAUUGUGGAGAUUUGCAAUGAGAUCCUUCCGGCUCCGUCAGCCAACCACUUCUCCCCGAUGCCAGCGCAAUAUCUGAGCCAGGCAGCUCAGCGCAUCGUAAAGGAGUCCCAUGCAAAGUCGGAUUGUGUCAACGGACAGUUCCUUGACACGCCCAUUGGGAAAGGUGGAAAGGUGGACGAUACCUCCGUUGUCGUGGGCGAGAUAAUCGAAUGGACGGAAGCCCAUACGCAAAUAUGGUCGGAGGUUAGGAGGAACCGGAGAUGGAAGGAUGUCAUCUCUUGUGGUGGUUUGCAGUGCGGCGUUGCAGCCAGACAUCCCUGCUCUUGCGAGGGAGACGAUGACGAGAGGAGUCGCUUCCGAGGGCGUAGCAUUGUGUCUGUGAUUGUGCCUGCUCCGCGCAGGGAUGGCUCCUCAGAAGAGGAGGCAUUGACCCUGGGCAUGCUUUCUAGGUUCUUGAGCCCAGGGAAGCGUCUCUUGCAGCUGGAACGGGGCAUCCUGCUGCAGUCUAAGGUGGACCAUUGCAUUGUGGAUGAUAUUCAGAGGCCGGAGAGGAGAAAGCAGGGGGCGAGGGGCUGGGAGCACACACCUCACCCAGGCGUUGUUUGUACCACAUCCUUCGGUGUGGACCGGCUAUUGGUGCAUCCCACAAGCUCUUUCGAUUCACAGCGGUGGCAGCAAUGUGUCAUGGACAAGACUGAUGAGGCAGUUUUCGUUGGUGUAAGGCUACGGCCCUUCCUGAGCUACGAAACACGACAACAAUGCCUGACGGCUUCUGAGAAUGUCAUUUCUGUUGUCGGGGAGUAUCCUGACAAGAAGAGAAAAGACUUUGGAUUUGACUGCGCCAUGGACAGCACGGAUUCUUCAAAGCCAGGCUAUGUGUCACAAGAGAAAUGUUACGAGUUGAUGGGACGGCGCAUGGUGCAACAUUCCAUCUCUGGAUAUCAUACUUGCCUGUUCUGCUACGGACAAACUGGCAGCGGAAAGACUUUCUCUUUCAUGGGCAAGAAGAAUGAGUCUGAGCAAGGCUUGUUGCCUCGUCUCCUGCGUGAUCUGUUUGGCCAGGUCGAAUCGUUGCGCAGCCUUGGUGGUCAGGUGCACUGCCGGGCGCAGAUGCUGGAAGUUUACAACGAAAAAGUUCGAGAUCUGCUCGAGGAGAAAGAUAAGCCCAAGGCGCCUGAGAUUCACGUACAUCCUACUGUAGGUGUGUAUGUUGAUGGGGCAACGGAUACGCAGAUCGAGACGCAUGAGCAUCUUCAGAAGUUGAUUGAGACGGGGCUGUCGAGGGCCAGCGUAGCGGCGACAAUGAGAAAUGCCCAAAGCUCUCGAGGGCAUACAAUUUUCAGGCUGCUACUGGAAAAGCACGAGGAGGAUCACACCGUUGUUUCCUCAGAGGUUUUCUGUGUCGAUCUGGCAGGGAGAGAGAAUGAAAAGACGACCAAAGUGACCGGGGAGAACUUUGUAGAACUCACCUUCAUCAAUCGGAGCUUAAUGUGGCUUGCACAGUGCAUACAAGGUCUUGGGAAGCAGGCACGUCAGCGCAGCAACUCAGAGGAACUCGACGGACCGAGCCGUGCUCGAUUUCGGAACUCCAAGCUGACCUUGCUGCUCUCAAAUGCCCUCACGGGCAACUCCAAGACCUGCUUGCUAGGAACCCUCAGUCCAGCUGCCAUCAGUUUGGAUGAAAGUUAUGUCACCUUGAACUUUGCCAGCACCGUGAAGAGCAUCAAGGUCACUGCAACACGUGUGGCAAAGGUUGAUAAGGACUCCUUGAUCCAGAGCUUGAACGAGGAGCUGCGAAGUUUGAAGGAUCAGCUGAACAGCGCCACCCCACGAAACGCGCAAGAUCUGGAUUCUCAGGCUGGCUUUAUCCACAACAUCAUGGAAAGUUACAGGGCCCGUUGGGAAGAGGCACAAAAAAACGCUGACAUGCUUCGCAGACAGAAGGAUGACGCGUUGCAGAACCUUGCAAUCUCAAGGUGGAGGUUUGCUAGAGCGACAUUGAAGAAUCAGCUUCGUGAGGCGCGGCCGGAAGGACGUAUGGCUUUGAUCGAUGGGCCAGGAACUGGUGGAACUGUACCAUCCACAGCGCCUGCCCAGACUGCGGAUAACCUGUACUUUGAAGCACAGCUUGAGACUUUGGAGCCCGGCUGGCAUGAGCCACCAUUAUCUGAGCGCAAGGCUUCGCACGACACUGCGAGCCCCCGAUUGGAGGCCCUGCGCCACCUGCCGCCGGCAGCUUCUGCAGAAGUGGGCGCUUGGCUACAACACUGGCGAACGCCAGCAGUAGACAGCUUUUUGUUUGCAAUGAGGCGGGUGACCAGACAGACAUGUGACAUGGAAGGCGAGCCAGUUGCAGAGGGUGAAUUUGGUCCGGAGACAUGCAUUCUCUGGAAGGAGUCGGGACAUCUCUUCAUCAAGCCGAUGGGAAUAGUUCUGUUGCCGUCCGCUGCAAUGGAAGUAAAUGGCGUCCGACUUGUUCGUGCUGAAGCUAAAGAACUGUUACAUCAAGACUUCGUCGUGCUUGGCCAUUCCUUCAGGUUUUUCGUCUUCACGAAGCCAGACCCGACAGUCCAAGCACUGCUUUUCAGCAGACGUGCAGAGGAAGGAGGUGCAAAUGAGUCCACCAACAGCGUCAUCAGAGGCAUCCUGGCAGAACGCUCCUGCUCACCACUUGAGAUGGAGCGGGCCAGAAGAUAUUUGCAUGCUUUGGAGGAGGACAUGGUGUCGAGUAGUUCAUCAAAGGAGGACUUUCUCAAGACAGCAAUGAUGGCUCGGAACAUGGUCGAGGAGGCCAAGGCUUUGUCCACAUCGCUACGGCCACAUGACGGUCUCAGCUACGAUCUUCUGACUUUGUCACCUGUUCUGUCGCUUCAUGAGCUGGGGAUGCCCGGGAUGCCCAGCUUGUGUGUUCGUGUGAUGCGGAGAGGACAAGGCGCGCUCAUCAGGAAAGAAGCCUUGCUGCCGGGUCUCACAUCAACAGCCCUGACGCUAAUCCUUGUCGUCAACGCUCCCGGUGCAACCACUUGUGCCGGUUUCUGUGGCACCGAUCAUAGUGCAGCCUCCAUCUUCCUGCGCGUCAUCACCGCGCAUAGCUCGGCAAAGCGGGCAAAGUUUGGAGCAAGCCUCUGCUUCAGCCUCACCAAUCUCACCAUCGACCAGCACGCGUCAUCAUGCGGCACCGUGAAGUUUAAGGAAGCAACGACUGCUUGGUCCGGUCGAAGUGCAGGCGCCAUGCAGGCACGCGCCGCUUCCGAUGUUGCGCUCUCAGUUGUCCUGCCUCUGCCGCUGAAGCGCACCGCAGAGUCUCUCAGGUCAGAGCCGGCAAUCGGAGACAGCAAAGGCUCGGGCUCUGGGCGCUCCAGCCGCAGGAAUAGAGCCUUUCGCAACGGCAGUGGGCAGCAAGGUGGCUCUCGCUGGGUGCCUUCGGUCAAUGCAGGCGUGAGAGAACAAGGAGAGGCCCAAGAGACGCAAGACGCUCAGGCUCAGGAGUUACCAGGCGAACCAAAGCGGAGCUCCAAAGGAAAAGGCAAGGGCAAGAGCAGGAGUAAAGGCAAGGGCAAAGGCCGCAGCACUGGAGAUGGGAUCAGCACCGGUGAAGCUGCAGCUAUUGAUGCGGAGGAUGAUGUACAGGAGACGGUCCCAAAGGCAUCUAUACAGCUGCAACCGCGUCGGCGCUAUGGUUCUUCUACUGGCACAGUGGCCGAAAGACUGGCAGAUCAGCUUUCUCGAGGCUCAUAUGACUGCAUGAUUUGCUUGACGAAGGUAAAGCCAAGCCAUCCAAUCUGGUCAUGUGAUCAGUGCUGGGCGGCGUUCCAUCUCAAAUGCAUCAGAAGUUGGGUUCGGCGAUGCAACAAUGACAGUGGACCGGAGUUCGAGUGGGCAUGUCCAGGGUGUCGCUACCAUCGAGUGGAUCGCCUGCCCGAGUACACGUGCUACUGCAAGAAGAUGCCGGAACCGGCUUUGAAUCCGCAUUGGUUGGCCCACAGCUGCGGUGAGGUCUGUGAGCGGACAAGAGGAUGCCCCCAUCCUUGUCCCGAACUUUGCCAUCCUGGGCCUUGCCCGCGUUGCACCGCAGUCGGAGGUCCUGGCAGCUGUUAUUGUGGCCGGGAACAGACGGAGACAACCAGGUGUGGCGACCCCAAACGAUGGUCCUGUGGCCAGCCAUGCGGGCGAGCUUUAGCUUGCGGCCAGCACUCCUGCAAAGCAAGGUGUCAUGAUGGGCCUUGCCCGCCAUGCUCCGAGACUUCCUGGGAAGCCUGCUUCUGCGGAAAAAAGGAGGAGCUUCGGCUUUGUGGGCAGGCCAGCUUCUCCUGCCGCCAGCCAUGUGGCAAAUGCCUGCAGUGCCAGGAACACUACUGUGAGAGGGAGUGCCAUUCUGGCGAGUGCGGUUCGUGUCGGAAAGAUCCUGACAGUUGGGGUGACCGCUGCGCGUGCGGCAAGACCUCGAACUGCAGCAGCGAGUCUUCACGGCCUCGCUUGGUGAAGUUUGUGGGUUGGAGGACGAGGUGCUCGCAGCCACUCGCUCUUUGCAAACAGACGUGUGGGAAACGACAUGACCGCUGCUCUCACACCUGUGAGCUGAAGUGCCACGAGGGAGCCUGCGGAGACUGUAAAGUGAAGGUGCAGAGAGACUGCCGGUGUGGACGUACACGUCGCGAAGCUGUUUGCUCAGCAGGUGCCGAACUGCUGUGCGAUAAGGUCUGCCGAACGAAGAAGACGUGCGGGUAUUUGCUAAUUGAUGACACCAAGAAGAUCGCAGCCUGCGUAGAUCCCGCCGAGGCACACCUCGUCCUUGCAAAGGCCAAGGAGGAAGGUGUGGAGAUUGUUGCGGUUCUCACAACUCACCACCAUUACGAUCAUGCUGGUGGAAAUGCAGAGAUGGUCAAACAGGUGCCUGGCAUCAAAGUCUAUGGCGGGCGCAUCGACAAUGUGGCUGCGUGUACGGAUCCGCUGGAGCAUGGCGAUAAGUUCAACAUCGGGUCCAUCGAGGUUUCUGCAUUACACACGCCUGGACACACGCGCGGAUCCAUAUGCUACCACUGUUACGACACGCCAGACAAGGAGGGCUUGGUCUUCACGGGCGACACUCUCUUCGUGGCUGGUUGCGGCCGCAUGUUCGAAAGCACGCCAGAGGAGUUUCACAACUCCCUCGUGAGGGUGCUGGGUGCCCUGCCACCCGAGACUCAAGUGUACGUUGGCCACGAAUACACUGUCAAGAACUUACAGUUUGCUGUGGCCGUCGAGACCACGAACAAGAACUUAGAGCAGAUGUUGACAUGGGCGCAGGAGCAGAAGGUUCAGCGCAAGUUCACUGUGCCAUCAACGAUGCGCAAUGAAUGGCUGAUCAAUCCCUUCUUGCGGUCCGCCGAUGACAGCAUGAGGAGCGUUUGUCCCGGCUGCAGCCCGGUCGAAGCCGAAGCCUCGGCGUGA